AGUACAGACACAUUAAUAACUGUGAAGAUUCUGUAAACACUUCUUAUUAAUAUUCCCCCACCAAAAUUCUUCUUCUCAUUAGUUCUCAGUUCAAAUUCUUGGGAGUAAAAAUGGAAGUGAUGAACAGAUUCAUAGUCAUUAAGGCUUCCAUAGAUGGAUUCCCUCAAGAGUCUGAGUUCGAAAUCAAGACCGAAACACUUUCUUUAUCCAUUGGGGUUGGUACAAAUCAAGUACUUGUGAAGAAUCUGUAUGUAUCAAUUGACCCUUAUCAACUCAACCGUAUGAAGAGCCAAAGUUCGUCUCAAUCGGCUAUAAAUUUCGCUUCCACCAUAAUUCCAGGCGAGGCCAUUGAUACAUAUGGUGUGGGAAGAGUAGUGGAAUCUGACAAGCCUGAUUUUGAAAAGGGUGACUUGGUUGUUGGGCUUCUGACAUGGGGAGAAUACACCAUUGUGAAAGAAGGUGCACUCUUAAAUAAGUUGGAUCCCAUGGGUUUGCCCUUGCCUCACCAUGUAGGAACUCUUGGAUUUAGUGGACUUAGUGCCUAUGGAGGAUUUUUUGAAGUGUGCAAACCUAGAAAGGGUGAGACAGUGUUUGUGUCUGCUGCAUCUGGAUCCGUAGGAUGUUUGGUUGGACAGUAUGCUAAGCUCUUUGGCUGCUACGUUGUUGGCUGUGCUGGUACUCGUAAAAAGGUUGAUUUGCUGAAGCAAGAGCUUGGUUUUGAUGAUGCAUUCAACUACAAGGAGGAAACUGAUCUUAAGUCAGCUCUCAAGAGGUACUUCCCUGAUGGUAUAGACAUAUAUUUCGAUAAUGUCGGAGGAGAGAUGCUUGAAGCAGCCGUUGACAACAUGAAUACAUAUGGUCGAGUUGCUGUGUGCGGGAUAAUUUCCGAAUACACGAACGAUGGCAAGAGAGCUGCACCAAACAUGCUGGAUGUUGUGUACAAGAGGAUCACAAUCCAAGGAUUUUUGGCUAACGAUUUCAUGAAACUGUAUCCAGAUUUCCUUUCAACGAUGAUGGAGAACCUUCGAACUGGUAAAAUGAAGGCCCUUACGGACAUUUCUUAUGGUCUCGAAAAUGUACCAUCUGCUUUCAUAGGACUCUUUCGUGGGGAUAAUAUUGGGAAGAAGAUUGUCCAAAUUGCAGAUGAAUGAGAUUUUUGCUAAUUUUGUUGGAGUUUGAAACCAAGUUGUAAUGCUAUCACUUGUUGUUCCCUACAAUCUAAGCAAUGGUUAUUUACAGUGUUCGAGCAUUA